AUGGAGGUAUCCUCUAACACCUCCUCCAACACUGAUCCAGGCAACUAUGUUGAAUUGAAUGAUUCAAUCACCCACAUACCCUCUAAAGUGGGGAUACAAGAUAUUACUAUGGAGCUACACUGCCCACUGUGUAAUGAUUGGUUCCGUGAUCCACUGAUGCUAAGCUGCGGCCACAACUUCUGCCAAGCCUGUAUCCAAAACUUUUGGAAACUGCAAGCAAAGGAAACAUUCUGUCCUGAGUGUAAGAUGCUAUGUCAGUAUAGCAGGUGUACAUUCAACCUUGUACUGGAGAAGCUGGUAGAGAAGAUUAACAAGCUACCCCUACUCAAGGGCUUUCCCCAGUGCCCAGAGCAUGGAGAGAACCUGAAACUCUUCAGUAAGCCAGAUGGGAAACUGAUCUGCUUUCAAUGCAAGGAUGCUCGGUUGUCUGUGGGGCAGUCUAAGGAGUUCCUGCAAAUCUCUGAUGCUGUCCAUUUCUUCAUGGAGGAGCUUGCCAUCCAUCAGGGUCAACUGGAGACAAUCUUGAAGGAACUUCAGACCCUGAAGAAUAUGCAGAAGGAUGCUAUUGCUGCUUACAAGGAAAACAAGCUACAUCUACAGCAACAUGUGUCCCUGGAGUUUCUAAAGCUGACUCAGUUCCUGUGCAGCAAAGAAAAAGACAUUUUAAAUGCGCUCCGGGAAGAGGGGAAAGCCUUGAAUGAAGAGAUGGAGCUGAAUCUGAACCAGCUUCAGGAGCAGUGUCUCCUAGCCAAGGAUAUGUUGGUGAGCAUUCAGGCACGGAUGGAAGAACAGAACUCCUUCAAUUUUCUCAAAGACAUCUCAGCUCUCUUGGAUAGCUUGGAGCAAGGAAUGAGAGCUCUGGCACCCAGAGAGCUUAUCUCCAGAAAGCUGGAUCCAGGGCAGUUCAAAGGUCCCAUCCAGUACAUGAUAUGGAGGGAAAUGCAGUCCAUUCUCUCUCCAGGCCUAUCUCCAUUAACUCUGGACCCUAAAACAGCUCACCCAAAUCUGGUGCUCUCCAAAAACCGAACCAGUGUGUGGCAUGGUGACAUUAAGCAGGUAAUGCCUGAUGAUCCAGAGAGGUUUGACUCAAGUGUGGCUGUGCUGGGCUCAAAAGCCUUUACAUCUGGAAAGUGGUACUGGGAAGUAGAAGUAGCAAAGAAGACAAAAUGGACAGUUGGAGUCGUCAGAGAAUCCAUCAUUCGGAAGGGCAGCUGUCCUCUAACUCCUGAGCAAGGAUUCUGGCUUUUAAGACAAAGGAACCAAACUGAUCUAAAGGCUCUGGAUUUACCUUCUUACAGUCUGAAAAUGAAUAACAACCUCGACAAAGUGGGCAUAUACCUGGAUUAUGAAGGAGGGCAAGUGUCCUUCUACGAUGCUAAAACCAUGACCCACAUUUAUACCUUCAAUAGCACUUUCAUGGAGAAACUUUAUUCCUACUUCUGCCCCUGCCUUAAUGAUGGUGGAGAGAAUAAAGAACCAUUGCACAUCUUACAUCCACAGUAA